GUGCUCAGAUCAGCUGGUACAGUUCUAGCGAGCUAAGCCUUCUGGGGAACAUUUAGCUAGUUAGCUCUGUGGCUAUGUUAGCUAGGCUAGCUGCGGUUUCAGCAGGUCGUUUGGUGGCUGUAUGUGUUCAGUUGUAGCUGUAGAACUGCUGUCUGUAUUCAGCUGGUAUUAAGGAGCAUAACUUUACGCGCAAACCGCAGCAGAUCGGACUGGAACCUGCAGAAAAGUGAAUGAACUCGCUAAACAAGCUAGCUAGCUAUUGUGCUAGCUGGCUAACUGGCAAGUGCAAUGAAAAUAUGGCUAGCUAGCUAGGACUGAACAGAACUGGGUCAAAUGCUGUUAUUCGCGUAUUCGAGAGGCACGAAACUACGAUUAUUGCUCUGCAAUGGUGUUUAAUGUGUUGUAAAAUAUUUUCAGUUGCUAAAUACGACUGAAAAGGCUGUUGUCACUGUUAAUGCUGCAGCCAGCCAGCUAGCUAGGUAGCUAGGUUACGAGCCUAUGCUAGCUAGUUAACUAAAUAGCUAAGCGUUUGUUUUGCUACUAAGGUACAAUACCUAACCAGCUAUCAAAGCACCUUUCUUUCAUAACAAGCUCUGCAGCAUGUCCGAUAAGGUUGAGAGAACGCAUGUCUCUUAAGAAAGAUCCAAGCAGAUCACCUUAAAGAUGAGCAAGAAACCCCCUAACCGGCCUGGGAUCGCUUUUGAGGUUGGAGCGAGAGUGGAGGCUCAAGAUUAUCUACAAAAAUGGUAUCCAUCACGUAUUGAGAAGAUUGAUUAUGAGGAGGGGAAGAUGCUUGUCCAUUUUGACCGCUGGAGCCAUAGAUAUGAUGAGUGGAUUUUGUGGGACAGCAGUAGAUUACGUCCUCUAGAGAGACCAGCACUCCGUAAAGAGGGACUAAAAGAAGAAGAAGAGGUGUCUGAGAGACUCAGCGAGAUGAGAGCAUCUCGCCUGCGUGAGCUUCCUGGAUGUACAGAGAGCACAGAGGACCAAACAGACUUGCCACAGCAGAGACAAGAAUUGAGGGAUGGUGAGGAAGUUCUUGCCAGAUGGACUGAUUGUCGAUACUACCCUGCCAAGAUCGAAAGUGUCAACAAAGAGGGAACUUACACAGUCCAGUUUUAUGAUGGGGUGGUUCGCUGUGUGAAACGGAUUCAUAUUAAAUCGAUGCCAGAUGAUGCCAAAGGACAACAGGAUUGGAUUGCCCUUGUGAAGGCAGCUACAGCUGCUGCCAAGACUAAAGGAGGAUGUCGGCCUCGCACUAGUGCCAACAGCAACAAAGACCGAGAGGACAGAACUGAUCUUAGGUUUGAUGAACUUGAAGAAGAAGAGGAGGAGGAAGAUGAGGCAGACUCUGAUGGACUUGCCUCUUCUGAUGAGGACGACUGUAAGCCGUCCCCCGAUGAGCUUGAGAUGACUAAAACAAAAAGGAGAAGAAGCAGACAGGACAGUUUCUGUAAUGUGAAAAGAGCUCGCGUCAACAAAGUUGCAGGAUGUGUGAAAAGUGAAAACGACUGUAAGGAAGAACUUCCCAUGUCUGUACAACAGCCUUCCUCACACAGAGAUACAGCAGCCAGUAACAGCCCAGGGGAGGAAAGAACCCUGUCUGUUGUUGCCCAAAGGCAUCCUCUUCCUCUCUCCACCAACUCCCCAGGCACUUCACGGUCAAGGAGACUAAAACACGAUUCUGGGGAGUCAACCAUCAGCAGCACAAGCACAGCCGCAGAACCCAGCCCGUCACCCAGCUCCAUUCACACGCUCCCUGAUAUGAACACAGCUCCUUCAAGUUCACCUCAGAGGCGGAGAAGAUCUCAGCGUCUAGCAACAACCUCUGACCCAACCUGCCCCCCUUCACCACAUAACCAGGAUUCCAAUCAGAGCUCACCCCGGACAGACAACACACAGAAAGCAGACUGUGACAGUGGCUGCGUGGUGAAGACUGAACCUUGUGUAAACAAGCCAAGCACAGCAGCUUCUUCCAUACAUACCUCCUCAGUUCCUCCCCCUGGAACUGCUCAGUCUCCAGUCCCUGAAAAGGAAAGGAUGACUGACAUGUUGCUAAUUAAUCAUGCGGCAGAGAAAUCAUCACCUGCUGUAACAGCCGCAGGUAUAAAAACUGCCUCCAGGACCCCCAAAGCCAACAAACACACUAGGGAGCCCCUAAUAAACAUCAAGAGAUCUGAUGACCCCACUUCUCCUAAUGAGCCUUUGAUUGACCUGGACCAUAAUAAGUUCAAGUGUCAAAUUCCUGGCUGUACUAAAGCCUUCCGGAAAGCCAAGCUACUGGACUACCACCUAAAGUAUUACCACAAUACUGACAAGGAGCUGGAGAGUGAAGUGUGCUCACCUGAGAGAUCUGGUCGCACCAGGGCCACAUCCGCUUCUGUACCCAACAGCACUCUGGUGGAGAUACCAGACAACAAGAGGCGCCGGACAGUCUCCACCUCCUCCUCUCUGUCUCCACAAGGCCAUAUGUUACAGCUGGACUGUGCUGGCUCCUGCCCAAAGCCUCCCAAAUUCUGUAAAAAGAAGCGGUCCUCUGCAUCUGUCAGCUCAGACAGCACUGAAGUUUCACUGCCUCCUCUGACGAAAGAGAAAACUUUUGACAACUUCCAUGACAAGAUGCUCAAGAAGGUCACUGAUAAGGACAAACACUUAGAAACAGGACUGUGUAUAAAGACUGAAAGAAAAUUCAAGAUUGAAGAAAAAUGCCAGCUCAUUGCAGGGAAAAAGAGGGAUAAAGAACGCAGAGACAGAAAAGACAAGGAUCCUUUUAAAAUCAAGCAGAAGAAGAAGAAAAAGAAGAAGAAGAAAUCGAAACAGCACUGUUACUCAGACAUGGACGAGGUCUCUGUGUCCUACUUGGAGAGAUCAUCAUUUUCUCCGUUUCGUUCUUCCACCAAUUCCUUCUCCAAACACUCAGCCUUCCAAUACCCCCGUGCCAUUCUGUCAGUUGAUCUUACUGGGGAGAAUCUGUCAGACAUAGACUUCUUGGAGGACUCUACCACAGAGUCUCUGCUGUUCAGCGGUGAUGAGUACAACCAGGAUCUGGACUCCAUCACCAUGGAGGACUUUCAGGAUGAGGAAGAAGUAACAGCUAAUGAGAUCGUCCGCUGCAUCUGUGAGAUGGAUGAAGAAAAUGGUUUCAUGAUUCAGUGUGAGGAGUGUAUGUGCUGGCAGCAUAGUGUGUGUAUGGGUCUGCUUGAGGACAGUAUCCCUGAGCAAUAUAUUUGUUACAUCUGCAGAGACCCACCAGGGCAGAGAUGGAGUGCCAAAUAUCGUCAUGAUAAAGACUGGCUUUAUAAAGGCCAUAUGUACGGCUUGUCCUUCCUGGCGGAAAACUACUCGCACCAGAAUGCCAAGAAGAUUGUUUCUACGCACCAGUUACUGGCCGAUGUUUACAGUGUUAAAAAAGUGCUCCACGGGCUGCAGCUAAAAAUGGACGUCUUACAAAACAAACACAAUCCCAGUUUGCACUUGUGGGCUAGUUCCUGGGUAAACUCUGAUGAGGACCAGCCAAUGGGUGGCGUUCCUGACUGCAUCAUGUUUCAAGAACACUUCAACCAGAACUCGAACCCUGAAACCUACAUCACCAGCGAGCACAGCUACCAGAAGCCUUCUAGCACAGGCCAUCCACACACUCAGGAGCAGGCGUCCCAGACUACACCUCAGACAGUGUUGCUUGUACCAAAGGAGGAGGAGGUGAGUAGUGCUAUUUCACUCUCUGGCUGUAUGAAAGAAAGCAGCUCAGGGCAGGUGGAGCAGGCUAGAAACUGUCUACAGUGGCAGAUGAACCUGCUCACACAUAUAGAGGAUGUCCAGAACAAUCUGGCUGGCCGGAUGGACCUUAUUGAGAAAGAGCUGGACGUGUUGGAGAGCUGGUUGGAUUUCACUGGGGAGUUGGAGCCUCCUGAUCCUCUGGCCAGACUGCCUCAGCUCAAGUGCCGAAUCAAACAGCUGCUGACAGACCUGGGGAAAGUGCAACAGAUGAGCACCCUGUGCUCUGUGUAAACACGGUCAUAGAAGCGAGGUGAAAUCGUAAGGGCUGUGUGUGCGUUUGUCAGGUGCUUACGGACAAGAUCGCACAUCUGUGCUGAACCUACAUGCUGCCUACUGUUGAAAGAGACAAUCUAGGGCAUGAACCCGUCUCCACUAACAGUAGCAGUAGAUAGAGUAGGAAGAGAAAGAGCUGUGCUCUGUGAACUUCGAAAAACCAUUGCACCUUAAUAGUGCGUUCUGUUACAGUUUCAACAAAGCAUGAAGUAGAUGACGUUGUCUGUUCAUUUGAACACAGUGAGUCCACUUGCACUGUUUAGCAGUCUCAACAACUUUACAGAACAUUAGUUUUAGGUGAUGUUCCCUUUCAGAUCCUUUGUUGUGAUAGAAAUGUUCAUUACAAUACAGAUAACACAAAAAAGCACACAGGAAAUGUGCUUAAAAAAAAACAGUUUGAUACAUCACUCUGGAAAAACACUUUUUUGGUUCUGAUAACAACACAAAAAAGCACACAGGAAAUGUGCUUUUUAAAAAAAAAAAAAAAAAACAGUUUGAUACAUCACUCUGGAAAAAACACUUUUUUUCUUUCUCAAAGAGGAAACUCCAUGUAAGACCAUUUCAGAUCUUUAGAAAUAUUGAAUUAUUUUGAUUGGAAUUUGUAAAUUAGUUUCCACCUGUUCAAUCCAUGAUUUUAAAAAAUCUGAGGAUUUGUCAUUUCAAUAUCAUACACCUAGAAGUGAACUUUUUAAACCAUCUGUUUGAUUAGAUGAAGACAUGCACAUCUAUAUCGCCGUUUAUUGAUUGCAACAAUACAAAAAUAAAAAAUCAUUAAAAAAAACACGAGGUACGUAUAAUUUGAAUAAGUGAACAAUUAAGGCCAGUUUCUUAUUUAAAAAAAAAAAAGGAUUUAUUACCUGGCCUAAUGAAUGUCCAGCAAACAUACCCCUGUAAAGAGGCAGAGAUUAAAUGUAAAAAAUAAAAAAUAAAAAAAUGAAUACAAUAGGAUGGGCUCCACUACAAGUGUUCUAAUCCAAGUUUUUUUCCAAAUACUUGUCAAAUAGGGAACAUCUAUGAUUUUCACUGUCUCUCUGGAGAAGUCUGCAGCACUUCUUCCCUUUUCUGGUGAAGUGCCGCUGGUCAGUCCUUUUUUAACAGUGAAUUUGCCCAGCUGGUCCAGGACGAGUAAUCUACACAUCCUUUUCUUAUCUCUUGUCUCCUUAUUCUUCAUUAGCCAAUUCUUUUUGUCAGGUUGUUAUUUUGGGUGUCCCCAGUGCAACAAGCUCGUCUGAAGCUGGAUGUAAAUGCAUUCUUCAAGCAGAUCGGUGCAGAUUUUUGGGGAGAAAUGUAUAUACUGUUUGUAUGUACUGUAAAGAAGAGGAAAGAAAAUAACUAAGGUAUAGUAGGACAAUAUAUACUUGAAAUGUCUGUUUAUUCAACAUUUCUAUUAAUCUGUAUAAAAGUGUUUAGAACUGAGGUCGAUUUUGAUGAGAUACCAGCUGUACAUUAAAGAGUUUAUUUAAAAAAAACUUGAUGCAAUUAACUUUAUGUACUUCAAUAAAAGAUAUUCUGACUA